AUGGGCUCGCACCCGCUUAUUGAGCCCAAGUCUCGCGAGCAGUACACAGUAGGAUGGGUCUGCGCGUUGCCCAAAGAACAGACCGCAGCUACGGCCAUGCUACACCAGAGACACUGUGAUCUUCCGAAGCCAGUGAAUGACCCCAACGUGUAUACACUUGGAUCAAUCGGCAAGCACAAUGUCGUGAUAAGCUGCCUACCCAAAAAGCAGAUUGGUCCGAGUCAGGCAGCCGCAGUUGCGGCACGCAUGGUAGCCGCUUUCCCAUCUAUCAAGUUUGGCUUGAUGGUUGGUAUUGGUGGUGGCAUUCCAACCAAGGUUCGACUUGGCGACGUGGUUGUCAGUACACCAACAGGCCAGUUCCCGGGUGUGGUACAGUGGGACUUUGGUAAGGCAAAAGAAGGCGGAAUAUUCGAGCGCACGGGCGCUCUGAACAAUCCACCGACUUUGUUACUCGCCGCCUUGUCGAGGUUGGAGACCAAACAUGAAAUGUCUGGGUCCAAAAUUCCGGCCUACCUGGAUGAAAUGGGAGAAAAGUGGCCUAGACUAGUUACGAAGUAUCUGAGGUCGGAUCUCUUGGAGGACAACUUGUUCAGAGCGAAUUACCCCCAUCUCGAAAGACCUAUCGAUAGCUCCGAUGGAACCUCAGAUGAUGAGCGAAUGUAUGCGGAUGGGGAGGUGGAGGAGGAGGACGAGGAGGAGGAGGAGGAGGAGGAGGAACAAGGACAGACCUGUCGGUUUUGUGACAAGACAAAGCUCGUGAAGAGAAAGCCUCGAGGCAUGCGUGUGCAUUUCGGUCUUGUCGCAUCUGGCAACCAACUUAUCAAAGAUGCUUUACUUCGUCAAAGGCUCAAUCAAGAUCUUGGCGGUCAGGUCCUUUGUAUCGAGAUGGAAGCGGCGGGAUUGAUGAACGAUUUCCCGUGCCUUGUCAUUCGAGGAAUAUGCGACUAUGCAGAUUCCCACAAAAAUGAUGCUUGGCAAGAGCAUGCUGCUGCUGUGGCUGCCGCGUUUGCAAAAGAGCUUCUGGAGUGUGUUCAGCCGAGCGAAGUGAACUCCGCGCGCCCGGCGAAGGAGAUACUUGGCCAAAUUCUUGAAUCCGUCUCGGAAGCAGCUGAGGAUAUCCAAUGCAUACGCACGUUCCUUGGGAGUAAAGAAGACCUUGAGGUGCUUGAAUGGUUCGCACCAGAAACCUACGGUCCUCAACAGAGUGAUCAUCUUUCCAGACGUCGAGAAGGAACCGGCCGAUGGUUCAUUGAGUCAGUCGAAUUCCAGACUUGGUUGAGCACAGAGAAGCAAAUUUUGUUUUGUCCGGGCAUCCCGGGUGCUGGAAAGACAAUCCUCAGUGCGAUUGUGAUUGAUGAACUUGGCAGACGUUAUUACCAGAACAAAGACAUCGGGAUUGCCUAUGUCUACUGCAACUUUCGACGAGAAGCUGAGCAAACAGUUGGAAAACUCCUUGCUAGCCUGCUGAGGCAAUUAGCGAGCAACUUGCCCUUCUUGCCGGCGUGUUUGAAAGAGGUCUACAACUUCCAUAGAUCCAAGCAAACUAAGCCUUUACCGGAAGACAUUCUACAGCUGCUCAAGAUCGUGUCAACCAGCUUUCUGCGAACCUUUAUCAUUAUCGAUGCACUCGAUGAGUGUGGUGUCUUUAAUGGUUGUCGGUCGCGAUUAUUGUCGGCGAUUUCUUCCCUCGAGAUGCAUAAUGCGAACAUCCUUGUGACCUCCCGACCAAUACCAGAAAUAGUGGAGCAUUUCAGUGGAAAGCCAAAUUUGCAGAUACAUGCAAGAGACGAGGACGUGCGGAGUUUCCUAGAUGGGGAGAUGUUCCGACUCCCAAGUUUUGUGGCCAGCAACUCAAAAUUGCAGGAUGCGAUUAAAUCUGAAAUCGUGAAGUCGGUCGACGGCAUGUUUCUACUUGCACAACUCCACCUCGAUUUACUAGUGGGAGAAAGAUCAGAAAAAGCCAUCCGUCUUGCCCUGGAAAACCUACCAACAGGUUCCGAGGCUUACGAGAAGGCAUAUGGAGAUGCGAUGAGGCGAAUUGAAGGGCUCAUCGAGAAAGAGAAAAUCCUCGCCAAGGAGGUUCUGUCAUGGAUCACCUGCGCUAAGAAAGCAUUGACCAUCACCGAGCUUGAGCAUGCUCUCGCAGUUGAAAUUGGAAAAGAUGAGAUCGACGAAGCCAACAUGCCCCACAUCGAAUACAUGGUCUCGUUAUGCGCCGGACUAGUGACGGUGGACAAAAAUAGUCGAAUCAUACGCUUAGUCCAUUACACUACCCAACGCUAUUUCGAGCAAACGUCGAGUAUUUGGUUUCCGCAUGCUCACAGUUAUAUCGCUGAGAUCUGCACUUCCUAUCUGUCGUUGCGAGCCUUUGCGAGCGGAAAUUGUUCUACUUGGACCCAGCUCAAGGAACGGCGCUCAUUGUAUCCAUUGUACGAAUACGCCGCCUUCAACUGGGGAUGCCAUGUGCGUUGUGCUGCACGUUGCUCUCCAAGUGUCAUACAAUUCCUUCAGAUGCCGGCUCAUAUAGAGGCUUCAAGACAGGCAUUCUGUUUGAAUUACGCGUUUGAACAUCCAUGGGUUUGCUUGCGUGAUAUCCGUGAAUAUCGGUCAACUGUAACAGGACUUCACCUGGCGGCGGAAUUUGGCGUCGAGGAAGCAUGUGUGAUUCUUUGCAAAACUACUCCAAUUAACGUGCAAGACACAUGGCUACGAACACCAUUGUCGUACGCCGCGCAGAAUGGCCACGACGCAAUUGUUGAGUUACUUCUCGCGAACGGUGCGGACAUCGAGAUGUCUGAUGACAAGUCUCGGAACCCGUUGCUCUUUGCAGCGCUGGAAAACCAUCUGUCUGUCAUCAGAACGUUGAUCAAUCACAAUGCAAUUGUGACGGCUACCGAUCAGUACGGCGACACACCUCUGAAAUGGACAAUGAUUCAUAACAACGAAUCGGCGGCUAUGCUGCUACUGGAGAAGAACACGGGAGCAGACACUCUGCAUCACAGUCAUCCAGGGAUAUUUCACUGGGCUGCCAAACUCGGCUUCGUGAGCAUUCUGCAGUUGCUGCACAAAAAUGGCAUGGAUGUCAAUGCCGUCAAGGAUCAUGGGUCUCAACCCUCAGCUUUGUUACAAGCCGCGGCAAAAGGCCACGAGGCGGCUGUGAAGUUCUUGCUCGAGGCGGGUGCAAAUGCCCAUCUGGCAGAUACCGCCGGUGACACGCCCUUGUCGAGCGCCGCCCGAGGAGGCUAUGUAGACGUGGUUCGAUUGCUCCUCAACAGUGGCGCCGAUCCGAACGCUAGGAUCGAACAGGCCCGGACACCGCUGGUUCUGGCUGUGUUGAAGGAAAAUUACACAAUGGUGAAGCUCCUUGUCGAAAACAAUGCAGAUGUCAAUCUUCAAGAUGGACAAGGCUGGACACCUUUGAUAGCAGCAGUGUUGAGAGGCAAUCUCGAGAUAGCCAAGCUGCUUAUCCAGCAUGGUGCAAGCUGUAUUCGUGAAGACAUACUGGGCCGGACACCUCUUGUUUCAGCAUCUAUGAAGGGGCAUGAGUCAUUGGUUGACCUGCUUCUCGCAUAUGGUUCAGAUGUUAAUUCUGAAGACAGAGUUGGCCGAACGCCACUGGUAUCUGCAGCACUAGGUGGGCACCAGGCUGUGGCUCAGGUACUGCUCGAUACCUUUGUUGACGUCAAUGCAAAAGACAGAACGGGACGAACGCCGCUCAUUUCUGCAGCGUUGAAGGGGCAUUUUGCAAUGAUCAAGCUCCUUCUUGAGAACGGGGCAGAUGCUGAUGGAACGGAUGACCUUGGAUGUACAGCGCUGUCUUACGUUGCGUCCCGCGGACAGAAGGAGGAAGUCGCACUGCUCCUACAAUAUAAAGCUAGCGCGAAUUCAAAAGACCUGAAGGGACGGACACCACUUUGGCGCGCCGCCGAAAAGGAGUACGAGGGAGUUGUCGAGUUACUUCUUGGGCACGGGGCUGAAGUCAACAUCGAAGACAAUAAUGGGGAUACACCACUUUCCAUGGCUGUGAGGGGUGGACAUGUCACGAUUGUCAGAUUGUUUCUUGUGCAUGCUCAAGGCAGCGUCGCCACAAACAUCGAACACGCUCGUAGCCUUCUACUGUGGGCUGUCAAGAACAGUCAUGACACUGUAGUCAGUCGGUUAAUUAUGGAUGGACUCGACGUGAAUUUCGUGGACACUGAACAUGGCCGAAGUCCUUUAGAUUGGGCUGUAGGCAAUGGCAAUAUCAUGGUUGUGAAGCUGCUUCUUGCGGCCAACGCAAGAUUAGAUCUAGCAGACGGUAGUGGCCAAACGCCACUACAUCGGGCUGCAGAAAAGGGGUAUGAUGCGGUGUUUGAGCUGUUACUCUUGGAAAAUGCAGAAGCCGAUGCGGCAGAUUACCACGGUCAGACCCCGCUGCUACGGGCUGCAGGAAGUGGGCAUGUCUCGAUUGUUCUGCAAUUGCUGGCCAAAAGUGCAGUAUUCGAAAUUCCAGAUCAGUAUGGCCAAACGGCACUAUUUCAUGCCGCGAAAAAUGGCCACGAGAUCAUCGUCAAGACGUUGCUGGACCGUGGAGCCAUCAUCGAUGCUGCAGACAGGAUACAUAAACGGACGCCAUUGUCAAUAGCUGCGCUCAAUGGACAUGAGGCAGUGGUGGACCUUCUUCUCGAAUAUGGUGCUGAAGCAGACUGCAAAGACCACUUGAAUCGUACGCCACUAAUGCUCGCCGCGCUCAAUGGACAUGAGAAUGUUGUCAAAAUGAUGCUCUCAUUUCGCGUGAGCAUUGAAUCUCGGGACGUAUAUGGUCGGACACCGCUGUACUGGGCCGUAUACUCUGGCAACGUGACAACAGCUGCAGCGUUGCUUCAGAAUCUCGCAAAUUCGAAUUCCAAAGAUAACAAUGGGCGUUCUGCGUUGACCCUGGCAAUUGAAAGAGACCAAGAAGCAGUGGUCAAGCUCCUUCUUGACCACGGUGCGUUUGUGGAUUCCGCGGGAGGAGAUGGCCAAACGCCUUUGUCCGUGGCUGCAGAGCUUGGUAGGGUAGGUGCCGUCAAGCUGCUACUGGAGAGUGGAGCCUAUGUAGACUCUAUCGACGUUGAAUAUGGCCGCUCGCCACUAUGGCGCGCUUCAGAAAGGGGACAUACGGAAGUGGUGAAGCUCCUGCUGGCUCAUGACGCCGAUGUGGACCUGGCUGAUAAUGAUGGGCGCAAGCCAGUUUUUAGAGCCGCAGCAAACAAUCACAAGGAAGUGGUGGAUCUUUUGGGAGGAGGGUCGUGA